AGACCUGGCUAGCUCCUGCCUUCCAGAGCCCUGCCUUCCAUGAGCUGUGCUGAACCCUUUCCCCCUUGGGGAACCUGGGUGCCCCAUGCUCUGCAGCUUCCAACCCACGGAUUCAAACCUCAGUCCAAAUGUCUUUAAAGCUGAGAAAGUCAUCACUCUUUCUACAAACUUCAGAGGAGUCUGACAGCAUUUUGAUAGUGAAGAUGGAAAAGGAAGAGCAGACCUGUGAUCUGAACUCCAGCCUCCCCUGGAGAAGCAGCUCCUGCCCAGAGACCUUCCGCCAGCGGUUCAGGCAGUUUGGCUACCAGGAGUCCCCUGGGCCCCGGGAGGCUCUGAUCCAGCUCCGGGAACUUUGCCAUCAGUGGCUGAGGCCAGAGGUGAAUACCAAGGAGCAGAUCCUGGAGCUGCUGGUGCUGGAGCAGUUCCUGGCUAUCCUGCCUGAGGAGCUGCAGGCCUGGCUUCGAGAGUACCAGCCUGAAAAUGGAGAGGAAGCCGUGACUAUGCUGGAGGAGCUGGAAAAAGAGCUUGAUGGGCCAACUGAGCAGGUCUUUUUUGGACAAAGUGAGGACAUGCUUGCAGAGAAGCUGACAUCUUGGGAAAUCACUCAGGAGGAGUCACCAAGUAGCCAGAUCAAGCCUGUAAAGAAGCAGCUGCCAUUGGCAUCAGGGGAGUGUCACUCAAUUCGAAAAGCUAAAGACACAAAAACUCUAAAUGUGAAUGCAGCUUUGAGGCAGAAGACUUCUCCAGCCAUGGAACUGCAUUACACUGUUUCCAACACCCUUCUUAUGGACGCUCCUCAGAGUUGCACAUAUCGAAGAACCUAUGAACAAGAUGACAAGUUUGCAAGAAGACAGAGAAACCCUUUUGGGAAGAAGCAACACAAGUGUGAUGAAUGUGGCAAAGUCUUUAGUCAGAGCUCAGCCCUCAUCCUCCAUCAUAGAAUCCACAGUGGGGAGAAACCCUACACAUGUGACGUGUGCGCAAAGGCUUUCAGCCGAAGUGCCGUCCUGAUUCAGCAUCGAAGAACACACACUGGAGAGAAACCCUACAAGUGUCAUGAAUGUGGGAAAGCCUUUAGUCAGAGCUCAAAUCUUCUCAGACAUAGAAAGAGACACAUGAAAGAAAAAGUCCCAUCAGUGUUGUAAGGGAAUCAAAGCAUUUGCUCAGAGCUUUUUCAGCAAGAGAAGACACAAAGCACGAACACUCCUUUAGUAUUUCCGUAGUUCUGGUGGGCACUAGUUUGCUUUCAAAAGUCAUAAAAGCUACAGGAGAGAAUGUAAAAUAUCUUCUGUCAAUGUUGUUUGCUCUCCUGCUUUAUCAAUACAGUGUCAAUUCAAAUGUUUGAGAUUCUACAGCUUAAUUCAGAUUUCCAUCCCUAGGGUAGCUCUUGAAAAGACAUUCUCAAACAUGUUCUAUUUUCAUUACUAACACAAGUCAUGAACUAGUACAUUUCUUUUUGGACAAAUAUAUUUCCCUGUUGAGAAGGAAUGUGUAAGUUCCUCAGUAUAAAAAUAAGUGUUUUCCUCAAUUCCAUAACUCAAGCAUUGGGAUUCUUGGACCAAAGAUUAGAAUUUUUGAAAUUUUUACCAUGUGUUUGUUUGUUUUAAAGAGAGUGAGAGAGCACAAGCAGGAGAGCUGUGGGCAGAGGGAGAGGGAGAAGCAGGCUCCACACUGAGCAGGAAGUCCCAUGCAGGGCUUGAUCCCAGGAGGCUGGGAUCAUGACCCAAGCCAAAGGCAGACACUUAACUGACUGAACCACCCAGGCACCCCUACCAUUUGUUUUUUGUUACUAGAUUCAAAAUAUGAGAAUAGGAUUGAGGAGGCCCAAAAGAAUGUGUACCUUCAGACCUGGGCUGAAAUGUCCAGGGUCACUGUGGAAGAAGAGUAAAGGGACCUACUCUCUUACAAAAAUUCACAAAAGCUUACACGUUACUGAUACUAAGUAAAGUUUUUUUUUUGUUUUUUAAGAUUUAUUUAUUUUUACAGAGAGAGUGGUGUGUGUGGCAGGGGGGAGGGCAGAAGGAGAGAGAAUUUCAAGCAGACUCCCCACUGAGCAAGAAGCCCGGUGUGGUACUUGACCCCACACCCCUGAGAUCAUGACCUGAGCCAAAAUCAAAAGUCAGACACCUAACUUACUGAGCCACUCAGGCACCUUCUAAGUAAUAUUCUAUGUAGAAAAAAAUGUUUUUAAAGAUUUUAUUUAGUUAUUCAUGAGAGACACACAGAGAGAGGCAGAAACACAGAGGCAGAAGCAGACUCCUUGCUGGGAGCCUGAUGUGGGACUCGGUCCCUGGACCCAGGAUCAUGCCCUGAGCCAAAGGCAGACUCAACUGCUAAGCCACCCAGGCGUCUCCCCCCCCCCCCCAAAAAUAAUCUCUACAAUGUAAUUUGAAAAUAACUCAGUGUAAUUUGAAAAUAACUCACCCAGGCGUCUCCCCCCCCCAAAAAAUAAUCUCUACAAUGUAAUUUGAAAAUAACUCAGUGAAUACAGCAGAUUGGCUCUGCAUGUCUUAGGGAGUGGCAUAAAUGUAAGGAAUGUUAUAAUAAACAGGGCUAUCUAUGGGUGCUUAUAUAACAUUCGUGAUCAUCUUAAAAUGAAAAAGAGAUAAAGAAAAGACAGUUCACAUAAGACUGAUGGAAUACGAGCAAACGUGGCCUGUAACGGAGAGGUGCAGCACAGCGUAUGUGCGAAAGGAAACCCUUACCAGCUAACAGCUCUCCUCCAGUGUUCAAGUCCCCUUUUCUGCUAUACAUCAGAUGUGAGCACGUUUCAAGCACCACAAGAGAACCUUUUCAGAGUCAUGUGCAUUCUUAAGGUUUGUCCCUCGACAAACUAUCAAGACCUGAACCCCUGGGUUUUGAUGCCCUUGUACAAAAUUACUAAAGUUCAGUUUGAAGAGUUCACUGAACUUUGCCCAUGUCAGUCAGAUUUCCUGUGCAAAAAUAAAAUGACUUGUAUGUUAUUAAAAUUAUCAUGACAGUAUACAAAUAAUGUUCCAAGAAUCUAGGGAUUCUUGAUAAAAACUGUAUUAUAAGAAUAUAUGCCUCAUAAUGUUUUCUGUGGUGCCACAGUUAGCCAAUAUGGAAGCAAACAUCAAAAAUGGAAAUCCUUAGGAGAAGGGAAGAGGGGCCUCAUAGUGAACUUCUUUGAUGAGGAGUAUAAAUAUUGUACUUUCAGAAAAUCUAACCAUAUCUAGUGCUGAGAAUAACUCCAGAAACAAAUACGGGAUUACUGUGCUCUACUUAGAAUAUUGAUAAUAUAAGAUUGGUAAGGGAAGAGGUGAAUGUAAAUUGUGAUUAUAGAAUUGUCUGAUAGUGAUUAUACUUUGUAGCUCUAGUGAAUAUGAAUAUAUAUUGGGUUUUGUAUAUUUACAUUUAUUAAAAUUGUGAGAAUCUUUAUUUGGGCUCAUUCUCUUUGUAAUUAAAGAAAGGAACAAGCCAUCUAUGAAAGCAGCUACUGCCUCAGACACAAGUAUUGUGAUUUAUUGCAUGAUUAUGGAAAGACAGAGUUUCUUGUUACUAUUUGAAUAAAAUGACA